GUAGGCGGGCGCUGUAAGGAGAUCUCCCAGCCCUGAAGGCUGUCCUUGUGUUAGAUCAGCAGCACUGGAGGCAGGGCGAAGAGUGCGUAGGUAAUGCCGUUCCCUCUGGUGAGAGUAUGGAGGAGUCUGACAGGCAGCAGCACUGAGAGCCUGCCACCAUUAAGGACUCUUAUUUGUAGACUGGCGACAAGAAUAUAACCAUGGCCCAUUCAGAAAGUCUGUGUAAAGAGAAAAUGCAGGACUUACAGAAGCAACUGAGCUCUGUCAUGCACACCAUCAAUAACAACUCCAAGGUAGUCGCUUUCAUGAACUCCCCUGUUGGACAGUACCUGGAUGAACGUCCAUUUAUGUCCUUAGCUCUCCUUGUGUUUAUUGCAUUGGCUGCUGUUCCAAUUGGUUUGUUUCUGACUGUGAUUGCUGGGACCGCAGUAGUCGCCUGCCUCGGGGUCAUAAUAAUAGAAGGUGUUGUGGUAGCAGUGGGAGGCGUGCUUUUGCUUUGUGUUCUAUGUGGAUUGGCGAUUCUGUCAUUUGGAGUGUCAGGAGUUCUCAGCGUCUGUUAUUUGGCAGUAUCUAGUAUUCUGAAUUACAUGCACACAUCCAGGUUGUCAUUGAAAGUUUCAGAGCGCUCUCAACCUUCUUCACAGUCUGGAGAUCUUCAUUCUACAAGAGAAGCUUCAAAGGACUGCUGUGAUAAUGACUAGAAAAUACAGCAUGUUUAAUAGCUGUCACUGUGGCCUUUUUCCCACCCUGACUCUUUAAAUAUGUCUCUUAUGACUGUUACAAGAGAAAACAUGUUUACUCUUUUAGUUAAAUACUUAUUUUUUAUAUUUUAGCCUUGGUUUAGCUUCACUGUUCACUUUGUCUUUUUUCAGCCUUUUAAAUUCAGGCUUUUAAGACUGAUUUAAAAAAAAAAAUGUAUCACACGGAAAACUCAACAAAAAUGAUUCACUUUUUGAUCUGGUUUUCACCCAGUGCAGUGUAGUGUAACGUGAGCAGAGUGAUUUGUGCAUGCUAAGGUUUUUUUCUAACAGAUUACAAGUCCUGUUCAAAUGACGCGCACGAUUAACUGUCACAUGCUUCCACAUACGUCUUAGGUAUGUCCAUCCAAUAAAAUGUAUUUAUACUAUA